AUGGCAACUGCAGCAGGUAAUGAAAAUGAGGAAACUGAAUGUCAAAGUGAUUCAUUAACACAGGAGUCAGAUGAAAUACAAGAGAUGUAUUGUGAAAAUUGUGAAAAGGAACUGGGAACUACAGUUAGAGCUGAUGGAUUCUGUGUAGAGUGUAUGGAGUAUCUGUGUUCUACCUGCCUCAGAUAUCACAAGAAGUAUGUGCCUGACCACACCUUGCAAGACAGUGCCAACAUGCCACAAGACUUCUGUUUUGAAAAAUGCCAGAUCCAUAAAGAUGAAUUAACUAAGUUUUACUGCAAAUCUUGUGACCAGAUAGCAUGCCCAAAAUGUAAGACUGAACACCACAAAGAAUGUACAGUUGACCACAUUCCAACACUGAUUGGAUCUACUGAUAUUAAGAAGGACGUAGAGCAGAUAAAUCUAUCAAUUGAUCAGAAUCUAGAACAACUGGCUACUUCAAGGGAUAACCUGAAUUCAAAACUAGCAGAAGUUUACUCAAACAGAGCCAAUGCUAGUGCUUCAAUCAAGAAGAAAAUUCAAGAAGAACAAAGGCUACUUGAUGAACAGUUAGAACAAGCUGAUGAAAAACUAAACAAUGAUUCAGAAAAACUGAAACAAACUGAUAAAUUAAAACUGCAGGCACAGUUAUCAAACGUCAACAAAACUGGGGCACACCUUACGGAUCUGAAAAAAAACUUUCAAUCAACAAUAAGAACAGGACAGAAGAGUAAAGCAUUUUUGGCAGUAAAAACAGCUAAAUACGAGGUAGCCAAAUUGAAAACUGAUGCAGAUGAAGCAAGUGAGGACACUGAAAUAAAUCAGUAUAAAUUUCAACCAUGUGCAGGGCCUCCAAGACCUGAUGCAAUCUUAAGCUUUGGUUCUCUUAUAGAAAAAUGUAAAAGAAAAAGAAAAAUUUCUAAAGAGAACUCAAUUUUAAUAAGUGACACCACAAAGAGCAAAAUAACAGGAUUAUGCAAACUCUCUAACAACUUUCUUGUUGCUGCUGACAAUAACAAUUCUUCUAUUAAACUUAUAGAUACAAAAAACCACACCCUGUUAUCUACUCUGCAAUUAGAAGACAAGCCUUUUGGUGUAACAAAAGCAGAAGACAACGAAUUGGCUGCCACACUACCAGAUGUUGGAAGGAUCCAGUUCCUCUCUAUUACACAAAAUGCCGAACUGGUGACAGGUCUUCAGCUUGCUGUCAAGAAAAACUGUCAUGGCAUCAUGUACAAGAAACCAAAUUUUAUAGUAUCUUUCUCCACAUGGCGAGGUGAAGUGGAAAUUAUGGACAAAAAUGGAACAAUAUUGAAAAAUUUCAGCAAUCUGAAGAAUCCUGUAUAUAUUGCACUUAAUACAAACAAAAACAUGCUAUAUAUUCAUACAGCAAAGGUUACAGAAGCUUUGACAAAAAUGUCAACAGAUGGAGAUGUUAUUGCAACACAACCAAUCUUUGGUGAUAAUGCAGUUGGUUUGGCAGUAGACAAAGUAGGAACUAUCUAUAUCUGCUGUGCAUGCAGCAACAAUAUCAUUCAAAUGUCUGCUGAUCUCCAAACAAAGCAUAAGAUACAUGUGCCAUCUCGGCAUCAAGUCAGGAAGCCAUCUUCUAUUUUCUACUGCAGUAAGGAAAGUCAACUCUAUGUUGGUGGAGAAGGGGUAAUCAAUGCUUAUAAAGUGGAAUAG